UUCCGAUAAUGUCUAAUAACCUCGCCUUCUUGCCACCAGAACUAUUCUACAUGAUGGCUGAAUCUCUCAAUGCGGGAGACUUGCUCUCCCUUCGUGCUGUUUCGACUCGUCUGAAGUUAUUGACAGCCAAGGCUCUCAAGCCCGUAUGGGCUCACUCACUGCAAGUUAUACAUACGAACUUCUCCAACGAGAGUCUCUCCCUCAUUCACCAGAUCGCGAAGUCUGACGAGCUGAAAGAGCAUGUGAAAAUCAUGAAGAUCGUGCCACCGUUCGGGCCCUUGAUGCCUCUGCACAGGGUGACGAUGUACGGCUUGAUCAAGAAUUCCACCGGCAUUCCAAAGAUCAAAACCCUCAAAGAUGACCUCGUGCACUCACUCAGGAACUGCAGGAGCUUCGAAGUCUGUCUCAGCUGGAAAGAAGGAACCCUUACGUACCUCGACAGUGAUGACAUUCUCAACAUCCUCUUCCACAUCUUCAUCGAAGCCGAGCUUCCCGUGGAACACCUAGCCCUGUAUACGCAUCGAUAUACCGAGGAGUCGCACAGGUCGAAAAGAGCCCGUCCUUACACUCGAAUGCACAAGCAGCCGGACCUUGCCCGUGCCUGGACUGGGCUCACCACCCUGCAGGUCACACAGCCCUACUUCUUUCACCUUGCUAAUCACCUCUACAGGAUCUUGCCGCAGAUCAUCGAGACCGCGCCGCGGCUCGAGACACUGAUCCUUAUCGGUGACGCAAUCAGCGGCCAGUCUAAUGAUCUCGUCUCGGUGAUCAAGAACGUCAAGCCUCUGGCUGAAAUCAGACAUAUCGAGAUUUAUCGUUCAAGUCUUUCUCUAGAGGACUUGAAAGAUUGGUUGCUGGUUGUCGGUGGGCAUUUGCAGUCGCUGACCUUUUCCGGGUGCUUCAAAGUCACAGCCGUUUCGUGGGCUGAGUUUUUCCGCUGUGUGAAGAAGCACUGUCCCUUAUUAGUGGCUGUUACCUUUGAAGGUGUGGAGUUCAGCGCGGACUGUCUGACAGAGAAGCAUGUGGGCCAGGGAGGUUUGGCCGACGUGCUGUACGAUACGAUACGGAAGUUCGAGAAGGAGAAUAAUAAAAACGAUCGAAUUAUAGCCCUCGCUUUGUUCGCAAGAACUGUAGUGCUUCGUGCAUUAGGAGAGAAUGUUUUGCCAUGCAUAUAUUAUAAGCAUGAUCUGGUGUUCACUCUGCAACAUGGGGCUUCCGAUCAUGGAUUGCAAAUGAGUCAGGCUGGUUGA